AUGGCUUCAGAUCAAGAGGAGGACGAGUUCCUCGGUUUUUCCGAUGAUGAAGGAGACGGCACGAACUCUGAUUCAGAUUAUGAUGAUGAUGAAGCAACCCAAAAUGCUGUAAGUGAAGUAAAUGCUCAUCAAAUAGGGGACUUUGAGCAAAAUCAACAAUUGCCAGAUCUGAAUGAAGUGGGACAAGAAUAUGCACAAGAAUGUGAAGUGGGACCACAGCAUACAUCAGGUAUAUCAGAUAACCACUCAGUUCCAUUUUUGUUUGAUUUGAACAUGCCAACACAACAAGAGUUCCCACCAUCUCCAAUUCAUCAAACAGAAACAGAGCAAAAUCAUCAUAAGCCUAGAACCCCAAGGAUUAACAACGAAUUAAGGUUGGAAAUCUUGUUGUUCCUUCUCUUAAGAAAAGAAAAGCAUUCAGAUGAACUCAUUCAUGGGACAAAUAGGCAGGCUGUUAUAAAGUUUGGUUACACAAGGAAGACAAUUAGACUAAUAUGGCAGAGAGCAUUGACACAUAAGGCAGCCAUGGAUUCGUAUUUCUAUGAUACCAAAUAUCACAACUGUGGGAGGAAGAGAAUUCAAGUAACAUAUGAGUCUAUAGCCUCCAUAGCCAUGGGGGAUAGAACAACCAUUAUUGAUCUAGCAAGGAUGCUCAAUUUGAGUCCCACAACAGUUUGGAGAAUGGUGAAAAGAAAACAGAUAAAACCACAUUCAAGUCCAUUGAAUCCAGGCAUUUCAGAAGAAUGCAAGAUGGCAAGGAUGAAGUGGGUACUUGGUCUCUUAAUGGACUACUCAAUACCAAAUGAUCCCACAUAUUACAGCAUGUAUGAUUUCAUUCACAUCGAUGAGAAAUGGUUCUAUCUUACACAAAAAAGUCAAAGAGUUUAUUUAGCAAACAAUGAACCAUUUCCACACAGGAAGGGAAAAUCAAGAACUAAGAUUCCAAAGUUCAUGUUUAUGGCAGCAGUAGCAAGGCCAAGGUGGGGACAAGAUGGGCAGUGUGAGUGGGAUGGGAAACUUGGUAUAUUUCCAUUCACAGAUGCAGUGGCAGCAAAGAGAACAUCCAAAAAUAGAGUCAAGGGGACAAUUGAGACUAAACCAAUCAAGUCAGUUAAUCAGAUUGCAACCAGGGCCAUGCUAAUCAACUACCUAAUCCCAGCAAUUAAAGAGAAAUGGCCACCACAUGAGGGGGAAAGGGUCAAUUCAAUCACUAAUGCACAAAAGAUGCCUAAAACAGUUGAAGAUUUAAGUGGUGCUGUGACUGAGGCAUAUAAUGAACUGCAUGCAAAGACUCUAUCUAAUGUGUGGAUGUCACUUCAAUAUGUUGGAAAUGAAAUUUUGAAACACAAGGGGGACAAUGACUACCAACUCCCACACAACAAGAAAAAGAUUUUAGAAGAUGAGGGGAAUCUGCCAGAACAAGUUAAGGCCCCAAGGUGGGCUGUGAAUGAAUGCAAACAACUUGUUGAUGAAUGGAGAGCAAAUCAGUGA